CUCCGCCACGGCCGCACCACCGCACGCGAGCCCACCCGCCUCCAUCCUCUCCGAUCCCCCCACCACUAGCCGCCGCGGCGGCGCCGGCGGAGGCGGCGGGGGCCCGUCGCUCAGGAGUCCCCAUCCAUACCAUCCUCCCUCCGACGGAGCUCCCGAUCCGCCUUCCCCCAUCGAUCGCGUGCCGUAACUCGUACGUACCCUUUUCCCCUCCGAUGGACGGCAACGACUUCCCGGGGGACCUCCUGCGGGCGGUCCUGCAGCGGCUCCCGCCGCCCGACCUCGCGCGGGCCGCCUGCGUCUGCCGCCUGUGGCGCGCGGUCGCCUCCGACCGCGCCGUGCUGGAGGCCGCCUUCGCCUCGCCCUGGGGCGUGCGCCGCGUCGUCGGCGAGCCGGCCACGAGGGCCUUCUGGCGCGCCGCGUCGCUCGGCCGGUUCGCGCUCUCGCACACCGUCCGCCGCGGGGACACCGUCCCCGGCAUCGCGCUGAAGUACUCCGUCCAGGUGACUGAUGUAAAACGUUUCAACAACAUGAUGAGCGACCACGGCAUCUACUCGAGGGAGAGGCUUCUGAUACCAAUCAGCAAUCCUGAAAUCCUUCUGGGGAGCACAUGCUACAUCGAAAUGGAUUAUAAUGCAAGAAGAGAGGUUGCGGUCUUUUACCCCGAGGGACGCCCUAGUGGAAAAGCAGAAUCCUUGACAAGCGCUGCUGCUGCAGAACGACGAAGCAGAAGGAUUCUUGAGUCGGUGAAGCGAAGCUUGCAUACUGAUGAUGGAACUGCUGCAUACUACUUAUCUGUCACAGAGGGCGAUCCAAGGGCAGCCAUGAUGGAGUACUCUGAGGACCUAAGGUGGGAGCAGCAGCAAACAGGCCACUAGAUGUAAGGUCAGUGAGAAGAUAAGGGUAUGGCACUUGAUGAGUGCAGGUUAUUGGAAGAUUACUACCUGUUUGGCCGCUCGAAUAAAAUAUAUAUACUCUGUGGCUUACCCUCUGUUACGUGUAAUAUAUUGUGAAUUUGUGAACAUAUGUAACGUAUUUUUCGGUGCGAUGAACUUUGAAGAAAUAUCCAUAGCAAUUGAUUUGUGACGUA